CAUUCUAGCACUACGUUUUCAUGAGCUCCUCAGCUUGUGACAGGAUAAGGGCGUCUCUCCCUCCCUCUCCUGUUUCCUCAGCAGAGGCGCCUGAGAAACGCAGCAAAGUAGGACAGGGCGUCUACACCACCAGUGCUGUCUAGUCUGUGUGCUCCCUGGUACUUGUAGUUCUACUGAAGAGGAUUCCUGGUCCUCUGUGGCAGGCAGUAGAGGGAGCUUGCUGGUCUUGAGCAGUGGGAGUGCACUGAGGUGCAGCACUAGCUGUUGUAGUGGCAUCUAAGGAGCCCCUAUAAUAUAUACACAUGAUAUAAAGAUGUAAGACCGCCAUCCCGCGUGCUAUUUCUCAGUAUAGUGCAGGUGGAUGUGCUAGACCCAAGGGGAAUACACCAUUUAUGAGGGGCUUCUAGUAGAACGGCGAAUGUGUACGGCACCUGCUUAGUUGGUGUAUAUGCAGUAAUGGAGAAGGAUAGGGAUGCACACAGGAAGAGCAGAGAUGAUGAGAAGAGUUGUCCUACCCAUAAUGUAAAGGCAAUGGAUAUGGCGUCCAUGGUGUGCGUCGUGCAAGAGAUAGAAAGUGAACUUUCUGAAAUCGCAUUGCACGACAUUGACCAUAGAGACAAAGGCAGAAUGGAGCCAGAAGCAGAUGUCGCCGACUAUGGGGAGAGGCAGAGGAGUGGCGGAGAGUCUCAUAGCUCAAGUGAUGCAGAUAAGCACCUGGGUAGCAGUGAGACCGCUGAAGACGGGCUUCUCCGUGAUAUUGGCGAUUCAGCGGCCAGAGGGGUGAUCAAGGACGUACGUUUUGAAGAAUGCAUUCUGAACAGAGACUUGAGGACGAGGCGGUCGGGAUACAGUGAGUUGGGGGCAGACAUGGGUCAGGUUGAUAAAGACGACCUGGAACCUGCUGGAGCUUUAGACGGAGCCUGUCGCCCUCAGGAGCAUGGCGCCGAGUGCUCCUAUGAGAAGUCUCCAGGCACCGCUUACUUCGCCGCCUCCUGUCCAGAGCCUCGUCGUGUGGAUUGUCCAUAUGCAGACUACAGCACAAAUGAGUUCACCGUGAUGUGCGACUUUGUUGCUGCUGAUGACACGCAGCUGAGUCUUUCUCAGGGAGACAAGGUCUUUCUCCUUAAUGCAGUGACAGCAGAAUGGUGGUGGGUUGAGCAUAAUGGUCACUGUGGGUAUGUACCAGCCACUCAUUUGCGUGGAAUAUAUGAUGAAGAAGAGGACUCUGAUGUAGAUGAUCCAUGGCAGGAUGAAGAAUAUUAUGGAAGCUACAAGACACUGAAACUGCACUUGGAGAUGUUGUCGGAUCAGCCGCGUACAACGACUUAUAGAAAUGUUAUAAUGCAAAACAGUGCAGCCCUGAAAGGCAAACGUAUCCUUGACCUAGGAUGUGGAACUGGGAUCAUAAGCUUCUUCUGUGCACAACUGACAAAGCCGGAGAUUGUAUAUGCAGUAGAGGCCAGUGCGAUUGCCGAGCAGACACAUAAAUUGGCAGAUGAGAAUGGCUAUUCAAGCAUCGUCCAGGUUCUGUGUCAGAGGGCAGAAGAAUUACAAUUACCUACCAAGGUUGACGUCCUUGUGUCUGAGUGGAUGGGAACUUGUCUGCUGUUUGAAUUCAUGUUGGAAUCCGUUCUCUUAGCUCGUGAUUUGUGGCUGAAGGAGGACGGGGUGAUGUGGCCAAGCACUGCUCGUGUCCACCUGGUGCCAUGCAGUGCAGACAAAGAGUAUGCUUCUAGAGUCCUUUUCUGGGACUCUCUUUAUGGCCUGGACUUUAGUGUCUUGAAGCCCAUGGCAAUUCAAGAGUUUUUUUCCAGACCAAAACCUGAUUACGUAUUAAAGGCAGAGGACUGUCUGUCUCAGCCUUGCACCUUGUUAGAGGCCAAUAUGAAGACACUAAAGAUAGAAGAUCUGGAGAGCAUGAGCAGUGAGUUUCAAUUCGAUGUGGAUUGUGAUGGCACUUUUCAUGGAUUUACAGCUUGGUUCAGUGUUCAGUUCCAGAAUAUUGACAACCAGGAACAGGUGGAAUUGGAUACUGGCCCUUUCAACCCGCUUACCCACUGGAAGCACACACUCUUCAUGCUAGACAAGCCUAUCCAAGUUCACAGCAAUGACAGGAUCACUGGCUCUGCAGUAUUCAAGAGAAAUCCUAUUUGGAGACGUCAUUUAUCUGUCACUAUAACCUGGUCUGUUACCAGUUCAUCACUGACAACCGUGCAGGAUGGCUCCAAAGUAUUUCCCAUUUGGAGGUGAUUCUAGAAGGAGAGAUGGUAUGUGAUGCCACAUGGAAUUCUAGAUGAUACAUACGACACCUAAGCAAUAAUUGGUGAAUAUUCAGCUAAAUACCAAAGAUGCCAUCGG